UUUCCUUCUUCCCCGCCCCGGGGCUUCCCGCCUGCGGACGGCGGCCCGCCUCCUCCUGCCGCCGCUGCGGGCGGGCGCUGGGCGCCCGGGCCCGGCCUGCAGGAAGUUCCCGGCCGAGAAGUUGGUAGCCGGCGCCGGGGAGAGGCCGCGGGGAUUCUGCGGAGGUGCGAUGCCGCCGAAGGAGCGCGGCAGGGGCAAGCUGCCAGUUCCUCUCCCAAGAGACAUGAUCCUGAAAGACACCGAAGGAAAAGUCUGGCGGCUGGGCAGUCAGAUCGGCCAGGGAGGAUUUGGCUUGAUCUAUUUAGCUUCCCCUCAAACUCAUGCUCCUGUAGAAGAUGAUGCAGUGCAUGUAAUUAAAGUGGAAUAUCUUGAAAAUGGCCCCUUAUUUACUGAACUGAAAUUUUACCAGAGGGCUGCAAAACAAGAGCAUAUAAGAAAAUGGAUGAAUCUCAAAAAAAUAAGAUGCUUAGGAAUUCCAGUGUUUUGGGGAUCAGGCUUGGCUGAGUACAAGGGGAAAAGCUAUAGAUUCAUGGUCAUGGAGAGGCUGGGGGAAGACCUUCAAAGAAUCUUUGAAGAUUGUGGAAGCAGAUUUAGGAAGGAUACUGUUCUGCAGCUUGGGGCACGAAUGCUGGAUACUUUGGAAUAUAUACAUGAAAAUGAGUAUGUUCAUGGUGACAUUAAAGCAGCAAAUCUACUUCUGGGCUACAACAAUCCACAUGAGGUUUAUCUUGCAGAUUAUGGACUUUCCUACAGAUAUUGUCCCAAUGGGAACCACAAACAGUAUCAGGAAAAUCCUAGGAAGGGCCAUAAUGGGACAAUAGAGUUUACCAGCGUAGAUGCCCACAAGGGAGUAGCCCCAUCCAGACGAGGUGACCUUGAAAUCCUUGGCUACUGCAUGCUGCAAUGGAUAUGUGGGAAGCUGCCUUGGGAACAGAACUUGAAGGACCCUGUAGCUGUCCAGACUGCGAAAACAAAACUUAUGGAUGAGCUCCCAGAUUCAGUGAUGGAAUUGAAUUCUUCUGGAAGCAGCUGUAGUGAGAUAUCCAAGUUUUUGGCAUGUGUUUCUGGCUUAGCUUAUGAUGAGAAGCCAAAGUAUCAAGAGCUGAAGAAAAUCCUGCUGGAUGGACUAGAGUCAAGUGGAACUCGCUAUGAUGGCCCUCUGGAAUUUUCUGCUGCAGCAUGUGCGCAAAACCACCGUGCUGCUAAAAUCUCCAGAGCUCGCUUACCAAAGCCCAUGCCAAAACCAGUUCGGCAGAGGCAAAAAAAGACGGAAGGUGACGAAUACACGUGUCAAAACAACGCCUGUACUGGGAUGACAGGCAAACAAGUCCAAUAUGAAGAAAAGCCAAGUAAAUUAAACAGGAUGCUACACCACACACAGCCUCAGCAGGGUCACUUAUUAAAGCCUUCUUCGAAACCAGCACAACAGCAGGAAGUCAGGGUGAGAGAGGAGGAGUCUGACUGUCUCAGGAGGCCCCACAGUCGGGUCACACGCCAGCAGUGCCAGGCUCAAGAGAAGCCACUUCAGUGUUACACAACAAUUCAGGAGCCUGACCACCCACAAAAGAAAGACACUGCAAGAGAAUUACCACCAUUCAACCCCCAAGUGAUACUCUCAGAACGCAAAAAGAAACAUGAUCAACUCUUAACCACAGACCAUUCAGCAUCACUGCAAGAAACUGAUUCUGACAUGACUAGGCCUUCUCUAUCUAUUAUAUUUCAGCUUGCGUUUACUGACAAAACAUACCCCUACAGUAUAGCUAUACUUGUACUUCUGCUUCUAAUAUUACUUUCCUUGUAUUUUCUUUGAUGUCCCUGUUUCCAUGUCUUCAGUCAAAGUGCAGCAGUGUCCCCAUCACACAGAUUUUUCUCAGAGUUUCUUCAGUGAAGAUUUCAGCGUCAGUGGCUUGGAAAAGAUUUUUUUAAAUGCUGUCAAUACAUAUAUUUUAAAGGCAAGUUCUCUCUUAACCUCUCCACGUCUGUACUCAGCAGUUACAUGUACACUAAACUAUUGUACGAGGCUGUCUUGUGUCACCAAUGUUGGGAUUUAUUAUUUUUUUUUAAACUGGAACUUUGCUACAGCAACAUUAAAGUAUCAUAAAGUACAA